GAGUGUAAAAUGGUAAUUUAACCAUUGUUCCUGGAAUCCUGGGCAGUGAGCAAGAGAGCGAUUCACAACUAGAUUCGCCUUCGCGCCUUUAUUCUUCCGCAGAAUCCCAAUUCAGAUUCAGAGCAAACCUCAUCUUCCGGCUUUCGAAAUUUUGGCGCGCAACCAUGGCAGACCAACCGGAGCAAUCCUCCCCCGUUCUUCAGCAGCUCCUACUCUCACUCUCCCAAUCAGCCGAUCAACCAGAGAGCUCAGUCUCGGACCUCAUCGACUUCCUCGCUUCAAUCUCCGCUCAGUCAGACCCGGACAAUCAAAAUUCAGAAGCCACCGCCUUCAAAACCCUCACUCAACUUCACCACUUCAUCUCUUCUCAAUCAGACCAGGCCAUAUUUGAUCAGCUACAAUUCGAGUUGCCCAAGGCGGUUUCGGAGUUUGGAGGAGUUUCGGAGAGGUGCCUGGAGGUGGUGGAGAGCAUUAUUGAUCGGUUUAUAUCAAUGUGUGGUGCCAGAGACAUGCUUGCAGUUCUCGGCGAGGCAUUGGAUUCUCUUAAUAAGAAAGGUGGGGAUUAUGGCUAUGUUGUACCUCUUCUCUCAGGGUUUUCAAAAGUAUUUCUCUCCCUUCAGAGGCGCCACUUUGAGCAAGUAAGACAAGCUACUCGUAUUAUUUUCAAAGUUUUGAAAGGCGUGUCUUCAGAAUUGGAAGAUGAAGCCGAAUUACAAAAAAUGUUUGAUAGAGCUGUGGGAAUUGCUGAUUCCAUACAUGCAGUUUGCAUGAAGUUGGAAGGCGGAGUACAUGAAAAGCUUUCUGCUCUUCUUGGUCUUUAUGUGCUAGAGAUAGUGGCUCUUGUCAGCAUGAAUUUCGAAGCUUCAAGUUCACAGGCCUUUGUACUGCAGCUGUCUAGUUUCUUCCCGUAUUGUGGUUUCUCAUAUCUAGGCUUAAUUACGGGGUCUGAUGUUGACAAAAUAAGUAGGAUUGUAAUAGGAGACGAUAAAGAUCUCUAUGUUGAUUCUUUCGUGGACGUCAAAUGUGGUGCAUCUGUUUCAGUGAUUUGGGGCCAUGCUUCUAAUGAGGUUGCCACGGCUGCUCAUGAGGAUUUGACUGCUGUCAAAAAUGAACUUCAGAAUAAUCAGACUAAAAGGUGGCAAGCUUUUGGCAUGCUGAAGCACAUACUAGCUUCUGUCACUCUGCCAUGGGAACUCAAAAAACAUGCAAUCGAUUUCUUGCAUAGCAUCAGAGGUGGAAAUAUUUCCCCUUGUGACGAACAUAGUGACUUCUCAGCCGACAUGCCAGGCCUUUUUGCUGCUCUGCAGGCUAUUCAAAUGGUCAUCAUGUAUACAGCGGACACAGAGUUGAGGAAAAAUGCCUUUGAUGCAUUUAAGUGGAUUCUGGCUGAUAUUCCAACUUGUCAUAGGUUCGACAUCCUAAAGGCUUUGAUCACAAAAAGUGAUUCUUCCUCUAUGAUUGCAAUCCUUUUUGAUAUCGUUAAAGGAGAAAUGCACAAGGAAAGUUGUGAAAAAAUGGGAAAUGGUCGAGCUUUGAGAGAAGAACAUAAUGCACAUCCCCGUUCAUCGUUGUGGACUGCCAGUAUCCUGGAAUUGGUGGAGUUUAUUCUAAGGCCCCCAAAGGGAGGACCUCCAUCCUUUCCUGAGCAGACUGAUUCGGUCCUGUCUGCACUCAACUUGUACCGAUAUGUACUGAUAGCAGAAUCAAGAGGAAAGACCAACUAUACCGGAGUACUUUCCAGAAGCAAUUUACAGAAAGCCUAUAAUGAAUGGCUUCUACCUCUACGAACCCUAGUUACAGUCAUAGUGGCCAAGAACAAGAAUGAAAGUGAUGAGCUUACAGUUGACACUCUUUGUACUUUUAACCCAGUUGAAUUAGUUUUGUACCGCUGUAUAGAGCUUGUUGAAGAAAAGUUGAAAGAGUCUACAUAAGUCGUCACCUGGAUCUAUGAUCUUAGUUCUCCCAUUUUUGUAUCCUGUUCCAAUUUUGAGGUUCUGUACAGUUGAAAAUUGUGUAUGAAAAGUUAGAAUUACCUGUGAUCUUAUUAAAAUGAAGUUUGC